UGGCUUUGGCAUUAAUUGUUUUGACAAUUAAAAAUGCCAACCUUCAAUCGGCGCGUACGUUACGCGAAGCGAUAACGAAACGAAACGUACGCAAACGCCCCUUUAAUACGUUAAAGAUGGACUGUUCCGGAAGUCAAAACGGGGCAAGGAACGAGGUCGGCUUUUAGUGUCAAAUUACAAUAACUAACUCCAUAUUUGGCAGAUGUCGAUUAUGGCGAAAAAAGUAUUUAUUAGAAGAAGCGUGAAACGACAAGACGAGAAGGCGCAAUGACAAUGCAUCAUUGAGUAAACACUAAGUGAAUGGAAAAGUAUGUAGAAGCUUACGUCGAAAGUACUAUGCGUCUGUAAGCAACGUAUGUUCAUUCACAAAACAUGCCGUCCAUUCAUAAAAACACGCUGGUUUCUCGUUGGUCGGUGGACGGCGCAUGCUCCGCAGAAGUAGAACCGCCACUGUAGCAUUUACAAGUGGACUGGGCAAGGACGAAUGUCUGACGCCUCUACAUCCUUUACAAAUGUGUGAAUGAACAUGUCGUACAUCCCGAAUCUCUGCCUUUUCUUGUGUGUGUAAACCACGUACAAAGUGCUCGGUCUGUCUGCCUAAACACACACACGCACCUAUAUACAGUUGUAUUUCUUAUUAUUUUUUUGUUUCGAGUGCCACCGCGUGUGCCAUGGAUAUCGGAUAAACGUUGGCAAAGCCGUAAACAUGUAAGUAACGAAAGUUAUUUAAAUAUCCAACCAAUUAAAUAGACUAUAAUUCGUAAUCUUCGUCAAAAUCGCGACAACGUAGAUUACAUGUAAGGCUACAUGGCACAAAAUGGCGGAAUCUUACCGACUGUUCAAAUGGUCUCGUCGCCGGCUCGUGUACAACCUCAGACUCAAUCUACGGCUACUUCCAGAGAAUUUAUCACUCUGGUACAGCCGAGGCCGAACAAUAAUCGUAAACAGAACGAAUACAUCGAUACACCGCUAAGACCUCAGUCUCAUAAGGCUAGCAGGUUAAAGCGAGAAGGUGGCGACGACAUAGCGGCCAACGUAGGACUUGCCCAAGUACACAGGAACCCCAGAAACGCAAAUACUAGGAUUAAUACUCAGUCCGUCAUCGUACAACCUACCGUUACGACAUUCAAAAAGGAAAAGUAUCCGGAAGUGUCGGAAAGACUAGAAGAUCACGGUGAUUCCAUAAUAUGCCACCAUUGCGGUAAAUGUAAGUGUGAAUCGUGCCGUGGUACGAAACAGUUACCUUCUAGAUGGAUAUGCAACGAUAAAUGCUUGUGUUCGGUACACAACGUUGUGGAUUACUGCACGUGUUUGUGUUGUGUUAAGGGUUUAUUCUAUCACUGGGCCAAAGAUUACGAUAUGGAUGGGGCGUCGUGCGCCGAUAAUCCCUGUUCGUGUGGACCACAGCAUCGUUACUCCAGAUGGGCAUGCAUGGGCUUCGUGUCGAUCCUGUUACCCUGUUUGUGUUUGUAUUGGCCUCUGAAUGGAUGUGUCAAACUGUGUGAAGUGUCUUAUGCCAAAGUGACAAACCGUGGAUGUAGUUGCACCCAACACCACAGAACCGUUGUACCAAUAGAGCGAGCGCCCGAGAAGAGGUUAUUAAAUUCGAAUUUCGACUGCUGACUCGUUUCUAUAAAAACAACACCUCUUAAAUAUAUAUAUUUUAAAAUUUUUCUCAUAUUUUCAUGUGUUCUCUAGUGUGAGUGAGUGUUAUGUUCGACAAUAUGGAAAACUAAAAUAUACAAGAAGAAAACCCUUCAACAGUAAGCUAAAUUGAAACACUUCUGACCCUAUUAUAGUUAUAUAUAUAUGUAUAUAUAUGUAUAUAUAUAUUUUAGUAUGUAAAAAUUUAAUAAAAACAACACCUUUAACAAUAGCUUAUAACAGUAUAAAUUAAUACUGCAUAUUCAUAAGUCAGUUUACACGACGCAACCUACAAUAUAUACAUAUACAUAUAUACACAUAUAUAUAUAUGUAUAGUAUAUAUAUAAUUUUAAUACAUGCCAAGUAGGCUCGAAAUAUGCUAAAAAUAGCUUACGUCUGUGUGUGUGGUUAUAUUUAUAAAUAGCCAGUAAAUAAGUUUUUACAGACAUUUUUAACCCCCCAAAAAAAUUUGUAUUUAAAAAAAUAUACACGUUUCUAGCUUAUGUAAAGAACAACAACAAUGUAUACACGUAUACAAAGCUGCUAUAUAUAAUUACAGUUCUCUUUAUAGUUUAUAUUAGCAGUCGAAUUGUCUUCCCCAAGUACAAAUUUUACCGUAUUUACGGUAGAAAUAUCAUUUUUUUUUUGUUUCCUUUAUUAUGUUAUAGUCAAGUGUCACUUAGAGAUGUACAAAUUCUAAUUUUAGUCAGAUAUUGGCAAUACCUCAUGGAACAUAAAUGUGUAACAGUUGUACAAAUUUCAUAAUGUUUUAGAUUUAGAAAUUUAUAGUUUUAACAAUUAAAAAAAUUAUAUAUAUAUACAUAUAUAU